CUUUAUCAGGGCUAUAAAUAAGUUAUGUUCCGCGAUCUGAUGAUCAGACAGGAGCAUCAGACAGGAGCUGCCUUGUCCUCUCUCAGAACCUGAACUGCACCUCAAAGUUUCACCCAGAAUGAUCCUUUGUGGAUUGGUGCUGUUGGUGUCUGGGUCUGUUUUGGUCCACGCCACACACAACCCAGCUCUGGAUACAGCAUGGGAGGACUGGAAAUCAACCCACCAGAAAGGGUACUUUGGUUUGGGUGAGGAGGACAUCCGCAGGACCAUCUGGGAGAAGAACAUGCAGCUGAUUGAGGCCCACAACCAGGAGUAUGAGCUGGGGAUCCACACGUACGAGCUGGGCAUGAACCACCUGGGGGACAUGACAACAGAAGAGGUUGUGGCGACGAUGACUGGUUUCAGACCUGAUAUGGAAGAAGAGAUCAACUCAACCUUUGUUCCUGACUCCAAAGUGGCACCUUCCUCCAUUGACUAUCGUGCCAAAGGCUAUGUCACCCCAGUCAAGAACCAGGGCUCCUGUGGUUCCUGUUGGGCCUUUAGUGCUGCUGGAGCUCUGGAGGGUCAGCUGAGGAAACAAGGGAAGACACUGGUGGAUCUGAGUCCCCAGAACCUGGUGGACUGUGUGGGGCAGGACACAGGCUGCAAUGGUGGCUGGAUGAUCUACGCAUUUGACUACAUCCGCAGGAAGGGCAUAGCCACUGAGAAAGCAUAUCCCUACACAGGCAGGGAUGAAAGAUGUCGACACGAUUCUUCUAUGAAUGGAGCUUCAUGCCGAGGUUAUCGGAACGUUAAGAAAGGGAAUGAGAAGAUGUUGAAGUUGGCACUGUCUCAGAUUGGCCCUAUUUCUGUAGCCAUUAAUGUACAGUCAUCUUUCCAUUUCUACAAGAAAGGUAUAUACAAUGACCGGCGCUGCAACCCUAAACGUCUGACCCAUGCCGUUGUUGCUGUGGGCUAUACCCCUGGAUACUGGAUUGUGAAGAACAGCUGGGGCACGAGAUGGGGAGCCAAGGGCUACAUCUACAUUAAGAAGGGCAGAAAUGUAUGUGGAAUCGCCAACAUGGCCAGCUAUCCAGUCGUGUGAAUGACAAAUGCUUAGUGAAGGAGUUGGGAUACAAGAUAUUAAUUAUGUCUUGGCAAUUGCUAAAAUAAUGAAGAGAAAUUAGAUCUCUGUAACUGCUUAAGUAUUGUGUGUUUAUCUGCUCUCAGCAUACAGAAAAUAUUAAAAAAUAAAUAAAUAACUCUG